AUGGCGGAAAAGAAAUUUGCUCUUGUCUUUUGGAGCGACGACCAACAAAAUAGUGUUGUUGCAUAUGAGGAUAUAGUAGGUGAGGCUAAAUUGGGCGAGAUUUUCCCAGUGGCUUGGCGGAUCAGGAAGAAGAAGGGUGGAGUCAAAACGUGCUGGUAUGAAGCAAAAAUACUUCAAUUAUCCGGUAAGUUUAUAUUUUAUUGUUGUGUUUUACUGUAACGUUCUAAAACUCCAUACGUAUAUAAUUCAUACAGGUAAUAUAGUGUUAACUUUGGGAACAGUAUAGCUAGAUAAUAUGUUCAGCGGUCUCGGUGUAUAAAAGUUUACCUGAAAUGAGAAAAUAUGGGAAUUUACAGUGCUUUGAGCAAAAGCCCUUUCUUCGCCUUCGGAUGUUGCUAUCUCUCGUUUCAAGUAGAAUUAUACACCAAGGGAUGUGUUAAAUGUGAAUGCCAAACCAACGAAUGUCGUUACAUGCGUGUGUCUGUUAUCAAUAUAGCUAUAACAAUAAGCAAGCUAGACCGAACUAUCUUGACUUAGAAUGUCAAUAUAUUUAUAUUAUUCAAUUUUCAAUAGGAAAAAAUUCAAAACUAUUUUGAUUCUGAAUUAUCCUUGAAGUUAAAAUAGUUACUUGCUUAUAUUUGAGUCUGGUAUAUACUUGAAACUGUACGGCGACGCGGUAUAUCUCGAUAUAUCUUUACUUUUGCCUAUGGCAGAUUUCCGGCUUACGCAUUUAAUAAACGAAUACAAAAAAAAAAGACAAAAUCACAGGAACAAAGUAAUGAUCGAGGUGAUACAAUAAUUAUAAAACUGUAACACAGUAUGCGAAGGCCCAUGCAAUUAUACCAAUUCUUUAAAAUAAUUCGAGCUCACGCGAUUUGUACAAAAUUGUUUCCAUAGGCGUAUAUUUAGUUGCAAGAAAUUAAACCAAUCCUUCAAUGCUACAGUAAGAACAAUCGUGUGAUAUACGGAUACCCCCUAAUGCUUGUGCCAAUUAAGCGCAAUUUUCUGAUUGCCAUCUAGUUCUGACAGCCGGCUCUCCCCAAUGUUGUCUUAUGUGAUCUUGCAGCAUGUAUAACUUCCCAAUAUUCACAUUAUCUUUUAACGCUAUAUCGCAUAUAGUAUAAUUGUUAAUGUCUUCUUACUUUUAAAGAUAACGAAGAAUCUCUUCAGUUGCUUUGUGAGAAUUACGCGGAGAACAGAGCAAAAGAACUCAACGACGUCGCUAGAAAAAAGAGAAAAAGAACAAGAACUGCAAAAGCAAAACAACUGGAUUUGGAAGAGCAAACGUCAACUCCAUCGACACCCACGCUUCAUGAUGCUGAGGUGGACAAUGACACGGCCACGCCUACGCAAAAAGCUUCCAAAAUAAAGAAGAAGAAAACUAAACAAGUAAAAGAACCAAGUGUAAAAAAUACGCAACUUGAAAGUGCGAAACUUAUGGCCAGGAAAUUGAUCGAAGACAUGCAACGUGAAAAUCCAUGUGAAAAAGACCACCAGAUUCCUGUAGCCCACAACGAGACAUCAUCAAAUUCGGCUAGUCGAAUUAAUACUACUACUCCACUAAAUUCUGGUACUAGUCUCACAGUGCUCACACCACCGUCUGACCUUCGGCCGUCGACUGAAUGGUCUUCAACCAGCAACGUUAAUCCUAGCCAAAAAGAUGAAUUUCAAACUCUAGACGAUGACCGGUUUUCCAGCCCUGCAAACAUGCCACCAACUAACUUCACGGCUACUAAUAUGCCAAUUCACUCAGCCAACAGCCACAAGUCAUCCAACCAAACAGCACGGCGAGAGUUACAAUUGCUAGGAGAAGAAACAAACCCACAUUGGCCAGAUGAAACACCGGUACCACUUUCUUCAGAAAUUAGCUGCGCCAUACGCCUCUCAUACGAUUGCGACGAUGAAUGGGUGAGUAAAUGUGACGAAUGGCUAAAUAACUCUAUCAAGCAGAAAGCAGAUGAUAUCCCUCCCAAAUGCAGCGAGUGUGCCGUAUUACGAGAUGAAAAUGCGAGGUUGAAAGGGACUAUUGCACGUUUAAGAAAAGAAAAACAAAAGUUUGCAGGUAUAACUUCUCACUAUAGUAUUGUCUAUUCGGUACAAUAUAGGGUCAUUUAUACGAGCUAAAAUAAGCUGCGGCCAAAAUAAGCCGCGGCUCGUAUAAAGAGUCAAUUUGCAAUACAAAAUUUAGGCCUAGCUUUCAACCCAAGGCUUAUUUCAGUAGCCGUUGUUUGCGAACAAAUCAGUGACUGUUUAUACGAGUGGUUCGAGACUUAUUUAAGCCGAGGCUUAUUUUUGCUCCUAUAUAAAUGGCCCUAAUGAACACUAUGUUAAAGAACAAGGUUAUAUAUUAAUUUAUAGAUCAUAUAAUUAUAGAUAUAGUUAUAUGAUACAAAUAUAAUUAUAUCACUAGAUCUAUAAGUCAUAUAAUUGUAUAGAUAGUAUAGAUAAUUACAGUGCAUGUUCAUUCAGAAUGAAAGCCGUGUUUUGAGUCGUCACAGCUAGUGAGCCCCUGCAGACGUAUAUACUUAUACAUUAUUAAUAAUAAUAUAUAUUUUUAGGUCUGCUUAAUGUUCCACCGGCAGCUGUAAUAUACCUUGAAUCAUUGGCAAAAUACCUUCGUGAUGCAAGCUCUGAUGAGGACUGCAAUGACGAAGUAAUGGAUAUCAGUUUUCCACCUAUGGCUAUGAACAAGACACAAAACACGCCACCAACACAUGUAUGUAUAAAAGUCAGAAUCAUAUUUUGCAAAAAUGUCCAUUCCUAGAUAAUCUUUGUGUGAAAUAUCUGGAUUGCAGUUCUUCCUUUCUUUAAUAAUUUUGACAAUAACCAAUGUUCCAUUGUUGUUUGUUUCAAAAUUUAUACGCUCCAGCGAAGACUAAUGUUACGAACACCAGUGCUGUCAAUGCCACAACAUUUCCACGGCCUGCCGUCAACGAUACACCAUCAUCUUCGCCUUCGUCGCACUUCGAAGGAGGUAAUGGCAAGCCAGAAUUAUGCCCAGGGUCUGGUGUUUUUAUUCCCACGAUCAAGCUUCGCCAAUGCCAUCACAAAUCAGGAUCAGAUUUAAAGGUGUUAUUCCAUUGCUUGAUGGAACACUUUUUCUCUCAGGAAAUACUGGCGAUGUCUGUUGCUUUUGGAAAUUGGGUGCUUCCAACGGGUAAACAAGUACUGGAUCCGAAUGUCGUUUCAGCAAUCAAAGGUACUUCUAAUUUAAACACGUUUAGUAUAAAUUAA